UUGCCCAGUAUGUUGCUGGGUCCUUCCGGCGACCCAUUUGAUAUGCUUCCUGCUCCACAUAUAAUCUCGGCCAGUAAUCAAUUAAAUAUUGAGGUAGAGAGAUUUCCAGCAGCUCUAUCACUUGGCCCUAACCGAUUCUGGAACUUGCCUCGACUCGAGGUUGGAGAUUGGCUUGUCUGGCCAGGGAUGGGGGCCGCGUUCUCCAGCACCUGUUCGGCUGUUACAAGCUCGUCCACGUUGCGGGUCGCAGCCGUGAAGACGACAAUGGAGGUUAGUGACGUUACCCAUUUGCAGAGCAGCAUACCGUCGGUCGGCUUUAACAUUGACAUCAAUCCCACCCUGAACAAGUGA